GAACGUGAUGCCCAAGACGCUGGACGGCCAGAUCACCAUGGAGAAGACCCCCAGCUACUUUGUGACCAACGAGGCCCCCAGGCGCAUUCACUCCAUGGCCAAGGACACAAAGCUGAUCGUGGUGGUGAGGAACCCAGUCACCCGGGCCAUCUCGGACUACACGCAAACACUCUCCAAGAAGCCAGAGAUCCCCACCUUCGAGGUGCUGGCCUUCAAGAACCGGACCCUGGGGCUGAUCGAUGCCUCCUGGAGCGCGAUCCGCAUUGGGAUCUACGCUCUGCACCUGGAGAACUGGCUCCAGUACUUCCCCCUCUCCCAAAUCCUUUUCGUCAGUGGCGAGAGGCUCAUCACUGACCCAGCUGGGGAAAUGGCCAAGGUCCAGGACUUCUUAGGCCUCAAGAGGAUUGUGACAGAGAAACAUUUUUAUUUUAAUAAAACCAAGGGGUUCCCCUGUUUAAAGAAGCCAGAGGACAGCAGUGCUCCCCGGUGCUUGGGCAAGUCCAAGGGUCGAACUCACCCCAAAAUAGACCCAGACGUCAUCCACAGACUGCGGAAGUUUUACAAACCAUUCAAUGUCAUGUUUUACCAAAUGACGGGCCAAGAUUUCCAGUGGGAGCAGGAAGAAAUUGAUAAGUAG